AUGGCAACGAAUUCCCACGACGACAGGGAAGUAGAAGCAGCAAGAUCAAACCUCAUAGCAGCUCCAGAAGCACACCCACCUGAUGAUAGUUCCUUAGCAACCGCCGCUACAAGACAGGGUCGAAAACGAGCAUACUCCAUUGACGUGGACGAGGCGAAUCAACCCCGAAUCCAAGAUCUUCGACUUUAUACUCCUAGUACAGCAACAUCAAAUACAACCGAAGGGCUUAGGGACCUAAUAUGUCUCUGUACAAAAGCACCUAAGGUUCCUAGGCCGCGUAACGCAUUCAUUCUUUAUCGACAGCACUACCAAGGCCAGGUCGCCGCUCGGAACCCGGGACUAGCCAACCCAGAGAUAUCAAAGCUCAUUGGCGAACAGUGGCGUGAGCAACCCGAAGAGAUAAAGAAUAAUUGGAAACGGCUUGCAGAAGAGGAAAAAAUCCGACAUCAGCGUCAAUACCCUGACUACAGAUAUCAGCCUAGGCGAGGAGGCAAAGCUUCCGGCAGCAGGCCUAUACCGGCGACUGGCGAAGACCCUGGUCACUGUCCUAAGUGCGGUGGACGCUAUAUCGCGACACCAAGGACGCCGUCUACUCCUUUCAGUGCCGCAACGCCGGAGGGUGCGGGGCCGGGCCCUAACAUGCCGUCCUAUGCGAUACCAAACCCAAGAGUAAUCGAGACGGACCACUUACGGCGUGGAUCAGGUUCAAGCAUCAUGUCUCUUGACAGCCAAGAACGUCGAUAUAUGCCACCGCACAUGCAAAAUAUCGAUGAGGAUUACCCGAUGAUGUCGCCAAUAGGAACGCCGGUGGAUGCAAAACGACGUCGUUUCAACGGGCCGAACGUAUUUACUCCGGGAUCGCCACCGAUGGGCUAUAUGUCUGCUGAUCCGCGAUACCACCGUCAACCACUCGCCGGCCCACCAGUGUCGGCAACUGGAUAUGGCCCUGGGCCACUCCCUAGACUAGGCAGGCAAUGGCAAAUGACCGGCCAACCUAAUUAUCCUCACAUGCAACCACCACCACCCCCGCCGCGUACAUCAAUGUCGUAUCAAGCUGCUCCGACACCAACUCGUCAUACCUCUGCAUUCGAUGAGUCUCUCCGAUUGCCGCCGCUACAAACACAGGUUCCAGGCUCGCCCGCCAUAAGCUCGGGACCAGGACCGGGACGCGUGCCCCCUAGCGUCCAAUCUGGUCACGGUCAUGCCAUUCCAAAUGGCGCCAAUGCCCUCCCAAAGCAACCGCAACCACAACAUGCCCUACCGAGAUGGCCAUUCCUACUGAAGCUAGAGGUGCUACGCUCGAUUAGUGCGCCCCUGAAACCCCCUGGCCCGGGAGGGCCGUUGUUCGAAACACGAGGCCCUCUUAUUGCCAUCGAAGGUGCGGUCCCGGCCAUACUGAAAGAGGUUGCAGCUAUGCUGAAAUGGCACAAGAUAUCCGAAGAUCUUAUAAGAUACAUCACCAGCCACCCGCCGCCAACAAGCACGGCGCACGGCGAGACGGGAGAGAAUUCCAUGGACGUCCAAGUAUCGCCGAAGACCAAGCCUCGACUUCCGGUUGCCGUCGUAUCCGAUGGCUAUAGCCUGACAGUCUCAGAUAGAUACGCUAGCUCGCUGCACGUAAACGACGCCUAUCGUGCGGACGACCAUUGGCAGUGGCUAGCGACGCUCUGGCGAGGGAUCGUAGGCCCCGAUCUGACGAUAUACGUUAAGCGAACGGCCGAGGCAGAAGCUCAAGGCAACAGUCUCUUGGAGUUCGUCAACCCGGCUGUCAUGGUGCUGCACGUGGCAGAGGGGGCCAAGGGGGUAGCAGUAGUAGACGAGAAGCUAGAGCGGCGGCUCGGCUUCGAGAUCAUGGAGUGGGUGCGUAGCGGGAGUUUCAAGGCGGGCUUUGUGCUGCCGUCGCCACCGCCGCGUUCAUGA